GCAAACACUUGGAAAAAACUACGAGACAAGUGCGCACCUUUGAGAGGCGCUUUGGAGACAUUUUGGAGACCACGUUGGAGGAUCUGUUGCAUUGUUUGUAAGACCUAGCUAGCCUCUUCGAUAUCUGCUGCCCUUGGAGCUACUCAUGCUUUCAGAAGAUAGGUCGCUGCCGGCGGAGGGUCCCGUGACUGAGGCCAGGGGCUUGAGGUUUGAGUUUAAGUGCCUCAAAUGGGGCCCUGCAGCAUGUGCUGGGAUGGUAGCAGUCAAAUUGGGCUUCUGCAUAGACUCAUUCCUGUUCUAGCCAUUCUCUGUGGAGUUCUAGCCCCUUCAGGAGCAUCCGCAACCCUUCAACGGACCCUGGCACUUGUGAAGCCCGACGCAGUUCUCUCCGGACACGCAGCCAAUAUAAAAGUAGACAUCGAGGCUGCGGGCUUCAGAAUCAUCUCCGAGCGCGAGCUGCGCCUCUCGCCGGAGUUUGUGAAGCGGUUCUACGCGGAGCAUGCGGGGCGACACUUUUUCGAGGGACUGGUGGACUUCAUGAGCAGCGGGCAAACCCUCGCCCUAGUUUUAGAACGGCACGACGCGGUGGCGGCCUGGCGAGCAAUGAUGGGUCCCACAGACUCGGCAGCAGCGCGCGGUACAUUUCCCGACAGCAUGCGAGCCAAGUAUGGGACCGACGGGCGGCGCAACGCGGUGCACGGUUCCGAAAGCGUGGACCGCGCACGGGAGGAGAUUCGGAUGGUCUUUGAAGAGUUUACAGAAGAAUCAAUCAACGGUCAAAUUACAAACGUGCUAGUGGGCACGUCCGCGUUGGCCGCAGCUAUUUACGGUCUCCGAAUAAUGAUGCUGAGUUGGCCCGUGUGGGACAAGGUUGGAUUGAAACAAAGGCCGUCGUACACCAAAGUUGCGUAAUUGAUUGAAUGACAGCUAGAUGCUCGCUAUAAGUUAUGGAUCUACGGAACUGCGUUUGAGCAGCUGAAAGUCACAGCCAGAAAGAUGUACAAUAAGGUCUUCAGUCAGCUGCAAGAGUUACUGGACCGCGCAGACAUUCUUUAGAACACCAGGCGCAAUGCCCCAUUCGUUACAGACGGCAAGACUAUUGUUGACAUGAUUACAGAAUCCAACUAGACGGUAGCCUAGUAGAUGUCACUUAGCGAACAUAUCAAGAAUAUCGUUCCGUUCAUGCACGGCGACUCAUGGGUGCAUGGACCCGCGCAUGGACAGUUGCCCGGCAGUAGCUCCGAGCCUGUCGCUAGCUCCCCGUAAUCUACAUCCGAUAAGUCCGGC